AGAGCCGUUGUAGGUCCUGGCAGUGAGAAAAGUGUAGGUGUGGGAAUUAGGAGGUGCAGCCCUGCCCCACGCCUGUUGGGUAAUCCUGAGCAUCAGCCCAUUGCCAGGCAUGGGCACCAGGCUCUGGGAGGAUCGCAGUCAGCCCAGGAGGGCUGAGGACAGGAGGUGGGAGCAGAGCCGGCACGUCGGGAGGCAGCAUGUCCAAGGAAGAGGGUGGAAGUGCGGUGAAGGGCCCGGGAGCAGAGCCCACACUGGGAUCCCGCUGGGCUUCCCCUGGGCCCUCUGGCUAAAGCCCAGAGAGGUUCACGCCCUGGGGCAGUCUCCUCUCUGCCAACCCACCCCCACCUGCCACUUGUGCCCAUGGAUGCCAGUCCCGGAGCUCUCUCCUCCACUUCUGCUUCCUUCCAGGACCAGCUGAGUGCCACCCCCCCUCCCCAGAGCAGGUGCCAAACCCUCCUCAGUGCUAGGGCAUGCCUAUGGCUUCAGUUUCCCCAUCUGCCACCUCAAAGCUCUGUGAUUUCUGACGCAAAGACCCCUCCGAGUUCCUCGUUUAGUCCCAGAAGGGAGGAAGAUCCAGGGGAGACCCUGUUCCAUCUGGGUGGUCUGGGUGAAGGAGUGGCCAGGUGCCAAUGUGGGUGGGUAUGUGUGUACAAGGAGGGGAAGAGCAGGGAAGAGCUGGGAUGGCGGGCAAAGGGGUCACCCGAGGUAUGGAGUAUGCUGGACUUCCAGUGCACCGAGACGGGAAAUCCCUCCUUGGAGUGGGGGAGGUCAAGCCCAGGGCCCUCCCUCAUGGGUGCACCUGGGAGGCAGGUGAGCGGAGUGGGUGCAGGCAGCCCCAGCCCCCGUGGGGUCAUUCUGUGUGUGUGUGAGGUGGGGGGUGCCUGUGAACUCCCAUGGGUGCAGCUGGGGCAAGGGUGUGCAGACGCUGGGGUGGCUGGAGGGUGCCCAUGAAGGAUGGGCAGCCCUGGCUACGCAGUUCAUGCUGCACCCUCCGGCAGAACGGACCCAUUUGAGGACACGCUGCGGCGACUGAGGGAGGCCUUCCACUCGGGGUGCACUCGGCCGGCCGCGUUCCGGGCUGAGCAACUCCAGGCUCUCGGCCGCUUCCUUCAAGAAAAUAAGCAGCUUCUGCACGACGCGCUGGCCCAGGACCUGCACAAGUCAGCCUUCGAUUCAGACAUAUCUGAGCUCAUCAUUUGCCAGAAUGAGAUCAACCUCGCUCUCAAGAACCUGCAGGCCUGGAUGAAGGACACGCCAGCGUCCACUAACUUGUUCACAAAGCUGGACUCAGCCUUCGUCCGGAAGGAGCCCUUUGGCCUGGUCCUCAUCAUCGCACCCUGGAACUACCCCAUUAACCUCACCCUGGUGCCCUUGGUGGGCGCUCUCGCCGCAGGGAACUGCGUGGUGCUGAAACCAUCAGAAAUCAGUCAGGGCACAGAGAAGAUCUUGGCUGAGGUGCUGCCACGGUACCUGGACCAGAGUUGCUUUGCCGUGGUGCUGGGCGGGCCUGAGGAGACGGGGCAGCUGCUGAAGCACAAGUUCGACUACAUCUUCUUCACAGGGAGCCCUCGCGUGGGCAAGAUUGUCAUGACGGCUGCAGCCAAGCACCUGACGCCCGUCACCCUGGAGCUAGGGGGCAAGAACCCCUGCUAUGUGGACGACAACUGCGACCCCCAGAUCGUGGCCAACCGUGUGGCCUGGUUCCGCUACUUCAACGCCGGCCAGACCUGCGUGGCCCCUGACUACCUCCUGUGUAGCCCUGAGAUGCAGGAGAGGCUGCUGCCCGCCCUGCAGAGCGCCAUCACCCGUUUCUAUGGCGACGACCCCCAGAGCUCCCCAAAUCUGGGCCGCAUCAUCAACCAGAAACAGUUCCAGCGGCUGCGGGCACUGCUGGGCUGUGGCCGCGUGGCCAUCGGGGGCCAGAGCGACGAGUGCGAUCGCUACAUCGCCCCCACGGUGCUGGUGGAUGUGCAGGAGAUGGAGCCGGUGAUGCAGGAGGAGAUCUUCGGGCCCAUCCUACCCAUCAUGAAUGUGCAGGGCAUGGACGAGGCCAUCGAGUUCAUCAACCGGAGGGAGAAGCCCCUGGCCCUGUACGCCUUCUCCAACAGCAGCCAGGUUGUGAACCAGAUGUUGGAGCGGACCAGCAGUGGCAGCUUUGGAGGCAAUGACGGCUUCAUCUACAUGACUCUGCCGUCCCUGCCCCUGGGGGGCGUCGGCCACAGCGGGACGGGCCGGUACCACGGCAAGUUCACCUUCGACACCUUCUCCCACCACCGCGCCUGCCUGCUCUGCCCCGCUGGCCUAGAGGAGCUCAACAACAUCCGCUACCCUCCCUAUUCCCACAGCAUGCAGGAGCUGGUCCGCUGGGCCCUGGGCUCCCACAGCUGCACCCUCCUGUGAGCACCCUGCCCGCCUCCAACGGGUCGCACAGAGAAACCUGAGUCUAGCCCUGAGGGGCUCUGUGCCCCUCAACUCACAUUGAUCCUCCAGACCGUGGGGUCCCCCAGCCUGAGGUUGGUGGAGCUGUCACAUGACUGCAUCCUGGCUGCCGGGAUUGAAAACAAGGUCCUGCUUCUAUCUGGGGGACGCCAUUCGUUCGAGAGAGGCCAAGAGGCCGCAAAACGUGCCAAGUGUCCCCACUCACCCCACCCUCCCCAAUUCCAGCCCUUUGCUCUCUCAGUCACGGUUGGCCAGGCCCAGUCCUGUGAUAGCUUUACCCCGGGAAGGACAGUGCCCUGCCUUUUUUUUUUUGAGAUGGAGUUUCGCUCUUGUUACCCAGGCUGGAGUGCAAUGGCGCGAUCUUGGGUCACCGCAAACUCCGCCUCCUGGGUUCAGGUAAUUCUCCUGCCUCAGCCUCCCGAGUUGCUGGGACUACAGGCAUGCGCCACCAUGCCCAGCUAAUUUUUUGUAUUUUUAGUAGAGACGGGGUUUCACCAUGUUGACCAGGGUGGUCUCGAUCUCUUGACCUCGUGAUCCACCCGCCUCGGCCUCCAAAACUUCUGGGAUUACAGGCGUGAGUCACUGUGCCCGGCCAGUGCCCUGCCUUCUUAGGGGCAGCAGCGCUGAAGGGUUCAGAGCGUGGAGUUCUCUCCUCUAGGCACGCACAGGUCCACCUCUGCCCCAUCCCAGCCGCACCGGCACCGCCUCCCCCAGGGACCCUCCCACAUCUCACACCGGUCUCUGCACCACUCCCUGGCUCACACUGCACCCUGCACUCACCUGCAGCUGCUGCGUCCACUGGGAAAGCUGGGGUCGGCCUCACUCCACUGCGCAGCGUUACUGGGGCCUGUGGCAAGUCCCUUGACUUCUCUGAGCCUCAGUUUCCUUAUGUGAAAGUUGCUGGAACCAAAAUGGAGUCACUUACGUCAAAUGCUAACAAAAUGGAGUCGGGGAGGUCACAAGGAAGCCCUCACACACAUGCCCGCAACAGGAUUUCUCACAAGACACUCCUGCACUUAGAUGAGACGCAGGGCAUAUGGAGAGCACGUCCUGAGCCUGUAGCAUUCCCCGUGAACUGCAGACGCUUCCCUAGCACGGCCGUCUCUAACUCCUGCGAUCAGCUUGUGACCUAUGAACCUUGUUUCAAAGCCGCUAACACGGCCUUCUGCUUUAAAAGCGUCCCCGUGGCUGCGGCCCCCAGUGUGUAGCUGGGGUCCGUCCUCACACUCCCAGUGAUCCUCUGGUCUUCCCAAAUAAACUCAUCUAUUCUGGAGAGCCUGCCUCUCUGAGGCUGAACUUACCUUGUAGAAUGGGGUCUCCACACAUCUGGAUCCUAAAGGAAAUCUCAGAUUUAGAACGAUGUUGCGGAGUCUGCUGUCAAACCUUGGCUCAAGCGUCUCUCUCGGUCUCCCAAGCUGCGAUUACGGGCGUGAGCCACCAUGCCCAGCCCACAUUUCUAAAAUACGGUAUUUCAGUCCAAACCUUGCUAAUAUAAUCACUGUUUCUAAUUGUAUCCAGCUUACAGAGGGCAGGGAUUUAUUUUAAUUUUAAUUUUUGGCUGAUCUUAUAUAAAUAAGAAUAUUCAUGAAUAGUUUCUGAAUUUUGUGGGAAUCAAAUAGGGAGAAAAAGUGAAUCCUUCCACCUUUGUUCACAAAGGACACUUGGUCAAGUUAUUGCAGAUGUCAACCCAGAGAGUCAGACUCUGUACAAUAUUUGAAGAGAUUUAAUCUGACCAUGGCCCGUGACACAGCCCUUAGGAGAUCCUGAGGACAUAAGCCCAAGGUGGUCGGGUCACAGCUUGGAUUUAUACAUUUCAGGGAGACAUAAGGCAUCCAUCAAUACGUACAAGAUAUAUGUUGGUUUGGGCCAGAAAGAUUGGACCACUCAAAGCUGGGGCACUGUACUCCAGCCUGGGCGACAGAGUGAGACCAUGACUCAAAAAUGAAGAAUAACCGUGAGUGACAAAGCCCGGAACAGCCAGGCCGAGAUCUGAAGACGGCUGACGAUUGACAGGAGGUUUAAGCAUUUCCGCAGCAUACAACCACCCAACACGGUGAUCACAGUCAUGGAUGUAUCCUGGCACACCAGAGUUUGAGGACUUCGGACCAUUGCCCACGUUUUAGUGACACACUUACACAGACAUUACUUACGGGAAGUUAAACACCAUUUCUGUCUGGCAAUGCUUCCCGUGUUACUCACCGAAUAAGCCCGGUCAUUUAAUCUCUCCACAAGAUGCGAUACACAAACUUUGAGGCACUCCAGGAGGCCCUUCUGGAAGAAUCUCAAAGUUGAUUUUAGGCCAGAUGGCUUAAUUUAGGAUUUGGAUCCUGGGAAAACCUUCGAUCUAAAGAUGUCAGAAAGUUGGAAUGACUUUCUUCAACCAAAUCAGAGAUCACUGCUAAAUAAUAGUUACUCAUUUAACCACAGUGACAAUCAAAAGACUUCAAAAGGAAGGCCGGGCGAGGUGGCUCACGCUGUGAUCUCAGCACGUUGGGAGGCCGAGGUGGCAGAUCAUGUGGUCAGCCUGGACCAACAUGGUAAAACCCCAUCUCUACUAAAAAUACAAAAAUUAGCUGGUCAUGGUGGCGGGCACCUGUAAUCCCAGCUACUCGGGAGGCUGAGGCAGGAGAAUUGCUUGUAUCCAGGAGUCGGAGGCUUCGGUGAGCCGAGAUAGCGCCACUGCACUCCAGCCUGGACGACAGAGCAAGACUCCGUCUCAGAACAAACAAACAAAAGACUUUAAAAGCAAUACGGAAAGUUCCAUGCAUGGGAAAACCUUUAAAGCUCAGUCUCCCUAAGCAACCUGUGUUUCCUAGGCCAGUAAGCAGGGAAUACAUUAGUAAUACCACAGGAAGUCCUGGUGACAUGAAACAACUCAGCCGCAUUAAGAAAAACUGAGAACACAGAAUGAAUCUACACUGGCACAGUGCCGGGGCGCGGUGGCUCACGCUUCUAAUUCCAACAUCCCAACACUUUGGGAGGCUGAGGUGGGUGGAUCACAAGAUCAGGAGUUCAAAACCAGUCUGACUAACAUGGUGAAAUCCCUUCUCUACCAAAAAUAGAAAAAUGAGCUGGGUGUGGUGGCACGCACCUGUAAUCCCGGCUACUCGGGAGGCUGAGGCAGGAGAAUGGCUUGAACCCUGGAGAUGGAAGUUGCAGUGAGCCAAGAUUGCACCACUGCACUCCAGCCUGGGCGAACGAGUGAGACUCCAUCUCAAAAAAAAAGAAAAAAAAACAAAAAUAAAAACAAACAAACAAAAAAACCUGUUACAAAUAAUUUCAUCUAAUUAUAGCCAACAUGUUCUUUUUUAAAAGAAGAAAUAUAUAUUUGUUAUCGUAUUUUAGGUUCUGGGUUACAUGUGCAGAUCAUGCAGGAUUGUUGCGUAGGUACAUACAUGGCAACGUGGUUUGCUGCUUCCAUCCGCCAUCACCUAUAACCGGCAUUUCUCCCUCUGUUAUUCCUCCCCAAUCUCUCUACCCCCCACUGUCGCUUCCCUAGUCCCCCCGCAAUAGGCCCCAGUGUGUGAUGCUCCCCUCCCUGUGUCCAUGUGUUCUCAUUGUUCAACACCCACCUAUGAGUGAGAGAGAAUAUGCGGUGUUUGAUUUCUGUUCUUGUGUCAGUUUGCUGAGAAUGAUGGUUUCCAGAUUCAACCAUGUCCCUACAGAGGACAAUAACUCAUCAUUUUUUAUGGCUGCAUAGUAUUCCAUGGUGUAUAUGUGCCACAUUUUCCCUGUCCAGUCUAUCAUCAAUGGGCAUUUGGGUUGGUUCCAGGUCUUUGCUAUUGUAAACAGUGCCGCAAUGAGCAUACGUGUGCAUGUGUCUUUAUAAUAGAACGAUUUAUAAUCCUUUGGAUAUAUACCCAGUAGUGGGAUUGCGGUGUCAAAUGGAAUUUCUAUUUCUAGGUCCUUAAGGAAUUGCCACACUGUCUUCCAUAAUUUACACUCCCACCCACAGUGUAAAAGUGUUCCUAUUUCUCCACAUCCUCUCCAGCAUCUGUUGUCUCCAGAUUUUUUAAUGAUCGCCGUUCUAACUGGCGUGAGAUGGUAUCUCAAUGUAGUUUUGAUUUGCAUUUCUCUAAUGACCAGUGAUGAUGAGCAUUUUUUCAUAUGUUUGUUGGCCUUAUGUAUGUCUUCUUUUGAAAAGUGUCUUUUCAUGUCCUUCGCCCACUUUUGAAUGGGCUUGUUUGUUUUUUUUUUGUAAAUCUGUUUUAGUUCUUUGUAGAUUCUGGAUAUUAGCCCUUUGUCAGAUGGGUAGAUUGUAAAAUUUUUUCCCAUUCUGUUGGUUGUGGGUUCACUCUGAUGACUGUUUCUUUUGCUGUACAGAAGCUCUGCAGUUUAAUUAGAUCCCAUUUGUCUAUUUUGGCUUUUGUUGCCAGUGCUUUUGGUGUUUUAGUCAUGAAGUCCUUGCCUGUCUAUGUCCUGAAUGGUUUUGCAGAGGUUUUCUUCUAGGGUUUUUACAGUGUUAGGUCUUAUGUUUAAGUCUUUAAUCCAUCUGGAGUUAAUUUUAGUGUAAGGUGUCAGGAAGGAGUCUAGUUUCAGCUUCUGCACAUGGCUAGCCAGUUUUCCCAACACCAUUUAUUCAACAGGGAAUCCUUUCCCCCAUUGCUUAUUUUUGUCAGGUUUGUCAAAGAUCAGAUGGUUGUAGAUGUGUGGUGUUAUUUCCGAGGCCUCUGUUCUGUUCCAUUGGUCUACAUCUCUGUUUUGGUACCAGUACCAAGCUGUUUUGAUUACUGUAGGCUUGUAGUAUAGUUUGAAGUCAGGUAGCGUGAUGCCUCCAGCUUUGUUCUUUUUGCUUAGGAUUGUCUUCGCUAUGUGGGCUCUAUUUUGGUUCCACAUGGAGUUUAAGGUGGUUUUUUCCAUUUCUGUGAAGAGAGUCAUAGGUAGUUGGAUGGGGAUAGUGCUGAAUCUGUAAAUUACUUUGGGCAGUAUGGCCAUUUUCACAAUAUUGAUCCUUCCUAACUAUGAGCAUGGACUGUUUUUCCAUCUGUUUGUGUCCUCUCAUAUUUCCUUGAGCAGUGGUUUGUAGUUCUUUUGAAGAGGACCUUUACAUCCUUGUGACACCCAACAUUUUCAUCGUAAGUUCCCAUUCACGAGCCUUGUCAUGACUUACUCAGACACCUGCGACAUGCUUGGACUGCCUGGUAUUUCCUCUGUCUUAAACGUGCAGUCGUUUCAGUCUAGGACAGACACUGACCAUACAGGAUUCUUUCCUGUACAAAAUUAUUCUCACUGCUUCACAUCCAUAGCUUUCUUUACCUCUCUCUCUCAUCUACUUAUGGGUUCCUUUUACCUUUUUUCUAUUUCUUUCUUAAGUUCGUAUUUAAAAACUCCCUUUAAAUAACUUCUAAAUUACACAAAAUUACUUUUUUCUCAAUAAAGAACAUGUUUUAUACCUUU